AUGACAUCUAGGUUCAUCUCUCACUGGCUCACGUGUCUCACGAAUCUCACUGAGUCUCUUCUCAAAUUCCGUGAGAUCCAAGCUCAGAUCCAGAUCAAGGCACAUAUUGAGGCUAUGAUUCACACUGUGAUUGAGGUUGGAAUUGAAUAA